AGUUUUGUUGCUGACUUCGUGCACGCUACUUCGCUGGGUCGGAGUAUCUCGGUGCUGCUCUGUAGGAACAGUGCAAAGAUUGGGUUCAUUUACUAUUUUCCCAAAACUAAUGACCUUCAGUUGAUAUUAAAACACUAAAGGAACCGGUGGACGCGCUCGUCUCCUGCUGUUGAGCAUCUCUGUACAGUAAGAUGGAUAUGUCACAUUCACAUCACCAUGUCGAGGAGACAACCAUGCCAUCUCCUGCCUCAGACGAUCAUGGGGGUCAUUUAACGACCUCUGGCAAUGGCCACGGAGAUCACAUGAUGAUGAUGCAAAUGACCUUCUACUUCGGCUACAAAAAUGUGGAGCUGCUUUUUGCUGGGCUGGUCAUCAACACACCAGGAGAGAUGGCCGGCGCAUGCAUUGGCGUGUUCUUGUUAGCUGUGUUGUACGAGGGCCUAAAGAUCGGCCGGGAGGUCCUGUUGAGAAGGAAUCAGGUGAACGUGCGCUACAACUCCAUGCCUGUACCAGGAUCUGAUGGCACCGUACUCAUGGAGACACACAAAACAGUCGGCCAGCGAAUGCUUAGUAUGGCCCACUUCUUACAGACGCUUCUUCACAUCAUCCAAGUGGUGGUCAGUUACUUCCUCAUGCUGGUGUUCAUGACGUACAACGGUUACCUGUGCAUCGCGGUGGCGGCAGGAGCAGGCCUCGGCUAUUUUCUGUUCAGCUGGAAGAAGGCAGUAGUGGUGGAUAUUACAGAACACUGUCAUUAACCUCUCGUGUAUAACCUCAAAAAGAAAAAAAUUGCCCACUGUACAAUCCCAGCAUGCAACACAACAAGUGUAGAGCACCAUAUGAUUUCAUUCAUCUUGGUAAAUAUUGGCCAAGUAGCAUUUUAAAGAUUUAUUUUGAUUUGUUUACACAAAUUAGCACCAUAUCUCAUUUCCUGACAGCUCUGUUUUGGUUAUUUAAUUUUGGAAAAUAUGAGUGAGGAAGUUUUGUCUAAUGUUAAUGGUGUAGUUGUGUAUAUUAAGCAAAGCUAACAAAGAACUUUACAUUGCUUAGCGGCACAAAUUAAUAUGAAACAUUUGUAAACAUUUUUGACCUCUUGCGACCAAUUAUGACAAAUCAAUGCGAAAUUUCACCACAUUUUUGCAGCCAAACUCGAGUCAUUUUAAUAGGAAUCCGCAUAUCCGUUAAUAAGGUUUCCAAAUUAACUGAUUCGAAGUUAACUAAUCUUAAAAUCGUCAAAAUUUAAAUAUCAUUUAUUACCGUUUACUAAAUUUUCCGCCCAUUGUCAAUUUAGCAAUUUAGCUAUUUCAUUAUCGCAACAUUUUAUGAGGCUUCCAAAUUUACUGAUAACUAAAUUAUCAUGACAUUUGUAAAAAUUAAAAAGCUCAAAUUUGAAAAAGACAUCACAUUUAUCAACAUUCAUAAUUUUUACAGACAAACUCUAGACAUUUUAAUGUACGCAAUCAUUUUUGCGCAAAUGCAAAGCAGUUUGUAACUGUUUCCAAAUUAAAAAAAAUAGUAGAUUGGAUUUUCCAGUCCUAAAUUUUUUUAGUAAAAUUUAUUUGAAUAAGAUUUCACUUAAUUUUCAGAGACAAACUUAUUUUAAUGGUAAUCCACACAAUUUUGCAAAGUGCUAAAGAUUUCCCCUAACAUUUAUUGCAACGACUUUGCCCAGGUUUCCCAAAAAAAUUAGUAAGUUUAUUGGGUUCUUGGGAAAUUUCCAGUCUUUAAAUGCAAAUUUUGGGAAAUAAUCAAAGACAAACUCUAGUCACAUUAAUGUUCACAAUCGUCAAUUUUUGUGCAAAUGCGGUUACGCAGUUUUUCAAGUUGUAAAUUGGCCAAUAGAACGUAGAUUAGAUUUUUGUAACUUUCCCACUCUUGAAAAUUUCAAUUCAAUACAUUUGUGAAAUAUUUACAUUGCUGACUAAAUUUUUGCAGACAAACAAAUUUUUUUGGAACUCACUAAAUAUGAUACAACUUAAAGCAUUUUUUGACCUCUUGCGACCAGUCAUGACGAAAAACAUUUCACCAAAUUUUUGCUGCCAAACUCUAGUCAUUUUAAUAGGAAUCGACGCAACCGCUAAUAUCGCAAGUGCACAAUUAUUGCACCAGUUGACAAGGUUCUCCAAAUUAACUGAUUAGAUAGUAAUUGGAUUUGCGUGAAAUUCCAAUUCAUUUAUUACUAUUCACAAAAUUUUCACACCAUCAUCAGUUUUGAACAAAUGUGAAAGAUUUCUCUACACAUUUAUCACAAAGAUUUACGAAGGUUUCCAAUUUUCACUGACAAACCCGUUUUAAUGUACGCGAUCAGCAUUUUUUGCAAAUGUGAAGGAUUUUCCAACACCUUUCUCUAACAGUUUCCAAAAUGCAAAAGAAAGUAGAAUAUUAUUCCCAUAAACUUUCCGUCUUGAAAAUUUCAAUCCAAUACAUGUGUGAAAGAUUUUUACUAAAUUUUCGCAGACAAACUCCUUUAAAUGGGAAUCCACAAAAUUUCGUAAAGUGCUAAUGACUUCCCUUAAUAUUUAUCGCAACGGUUUACAAAGUUUCCUCGCAAACUAUUAAGUUUAUUGGUCUUGUUAAAUUCCCAAUUUUGAAAAUUUACAAAUUUGCAAAUAUUGGUAAGAGCGAAUUUUUUAAAGGCAAACUUUUACAAUCUUUUGCAAUCAAUUUUGGGCAAAUACGGUUACGUUUUUUUUGUUACAUUUUCCUGUUGCAAAUUGGCCAAUAGAAAGUAGACUGAAUUCUUGUAACUUUCCCAGUCUUGAAAAUUUUCAGUCUAAUUAAUUUUAAUAAGAUUUCACUUAAUUUUCGUAGACAAAUUCCUUUUCAUCGGAAUCCAGACACUUUCGUAAAGUUCUAAUGAUUUCCCUUAACAUUUAUUGUGACAAUUUACAAGUAAAGUUUAUUGAACUCCUGUGUAAUUCCCAAUUUUGAAAAUUUAAUUGCAAAUAUUAAAAAAGAGUGACUUCACUGAAUUUGCAAUUACAAACUCUAGUUAUAUUAAUGUUCACAAUCACCAAUUUUGAGCGAAUGCGCUUACGUUUUUGUAAAAUGUUCAAGUUGCACAUGGGCAGAUAGAACAUAGAUUGGAUUUCUUUAACUUUCCCAGUCUUGAAAAUUUAAAUCCAAUACAUUUGUGACGUAUUUACAUUGCUAACUGAAUGUUUUGCGAACAUUUUUAUUUUUUCGUAACUCUAAUUUUCAUGAAUUUGUCUGGCAAUUUGGUAAAAAGAACAAACAAGCUGCGCAUCCUUCAUCUCUACACUUCAGCCUGCACAAUUUAAAACAUUAAGAUCAUAACCGUCACCUUAUCAGUCUACCUCCAGAUGGUACCGAGUCACGAGUGACCCUGUUCACUAUAAACACAUCUGUUCUACACAUCUCAUGGAUUAUUAUGUUUAUGAAGGUGCUUUUGGGUGCAACAGAGCCUUACUAAACCCCUUUGCCUUAAACAAGGGUACCGACACCCAGGAGGCCGACUCUGUAAACUCUAAAAGCCAAACUGGAUCUGCUGGACCCAGUAAACAAGCACUAGCGGCGGUGGGAAGGUGUUUAAUACUUCUUUUUUUUUUUUUUUUUUGAGGUUGUUAUGGCCAAGUGUUUCAAAUCAAUGAAACGACAGUUAAUAAUCAGUGACCAUUGUUUAGACUUAAACACUGGACUGAAUGAUGUUUGCACAAGAAAGAGAGGUUUUGGGACUCUGUGUUUGCGGAGUUUGAAGUCGAACUUUGCUCCCUUUGGAGUGAUUUUAAAUAAAUAUUGGGGGGGGAGAUUGGAGAAAAAUAAAUUAUAUCUGAUGCCAGUGUCACCGAUUUUUUUUUAUAAUUUAUAUUUGUAACACUCUAGUAUGACUGUGUGUGAUAUCAAUGUGUUCUGGCAAUCUUUAUGUAGAUCCUUUUACGUUAUGACAUCUUUUAAAUGACAAAAUGUGGCGCGUUUGCGAUGUCGGGUAAAUCAUGAGCCCUUUGGAACAUUAAGGUCAUCGCUCUGAUUGUUACUGGGUAGCAGAAUGUGAAUUUUAUGUUCAAUAUAUGCCCCUUUGUUUGGGUGCGCCUUUUACAUUCAGGACCCAAUUAAAGUGCCCAAAGAGUGUCUGAAUUGCUUGUGAAAACAAAAGCCGAGGCUUUCUUACGGAGAAAAUCACAUAUUUUAAACCAGUAAACAUGUGGGUUUUAGUAGGAAGCCUAUUUAAAAUACCUUUCCUUUAUAUUUUAGUUACAAGCAGAACAAAGAAAUGUGUGUAAUCUCAGAGGUAAAUAUUCACAUCAUGUUGUUUUUGUAGCAGGUGCCACUCUGUAGAACUGUAUUUGAGGAUCGGUUCUCCGUUACGAGGCUUAUUCGUAUUGCAGAUUGCUUUCGAUAUCAGAAUAAGUUUGUGCUGUUUUAUGUGUAGGAAAAAAACUGCUAGCCCUUGCGUGGAAGGACUGAACCUCAUGUCCAGUGUUGUGGCCGUGUUAACAUUUCUUAGUCUGUUUACAGUUCAGUCACAUCUGUAAUGUCCGACAUGUAAACCGUACUGUAAUCGUUAAAGAAAAUGAUGAAUAAAUGUUAUGAUUUCAGCGAUA